AUGCUUACUGUUUGCCCGGAGCGGUUAAAUCGAAGUGGCUAUGCCCUUUAUCUGAAGGUCCGAGACUAUGUCAACAAUACUGCAGAUCCGCUUGUUCUCUACAAGAAAAUACGUCUUCUCUGCUGGGUGUUAACCCAUCCUGGAAACAUUCAAACCAAAGCUAUUCACGUGAACGCUACUUGGGGAAAGAGGUGCGACGUUCUUCUGUUUAUGAGCUCCAAACCAGCUAUUGAGCUACCAGUAGUAGUCCUUAAUGUAGAGGAGGGAAGAGACAACUUGUGGACAAAAACCAAAGCAGCGUUCAAAUAUAUUUACAAGAAUCAUUUGGACGAUGCAGACUGGUUUUUGAAAGCUGACGAUGACACUUACAUCGUAGUAGACAAUUUACAUCACUUUCUGCAAGACCAUUCAUCAACAAAGCCAGUAUACUUUGGUAGAAAAUUUAAAGCUCCUGAGAAGAAACCUUACAUGAGUGGCGGUGCAGGGUAUGUUCUUAGUAAAGCAGCGAUUAUACAAGCUGUUAGACGCGGAUUUAAGGACAGUAACAAGUGCAGAAAUGGUAGUGGCAGUGGCGAGGAUGUAGAAUUAGGAAGGUGUCUGUUUAAUAUCGGAGUAGAGGCAGGAGAUAGCAGGGAUGCGCUUGGGAGAGAAAGGUUUCACCCCUUUUCACCUGAACAUCAUUUGAUCACAGGAAUGCUUCUGAAGAACACAUGGUUCAACAAAUACAGCUUUUAUGGAGUAAAACAGGGACCGGAAUGUUGCAGCGAUUACGCUAUCAGUUUUCAUUAUAUUUCGCCCAACAUGAUGUAUGUUCUGGAGUAUCUCAUUUACCACUUGAAACCUUGA